AUACGAUAGUUAAGAAAAUUUCACCAUAAAUCUAGAAAAUAGCAUAGUUUUCAUUCUUUUCCAUUGAAACUUCAAGCUAGUAAAAACGUGGACGUAGAUGUGAGUCAACCUGUACUUGCAGGUGUUAAAUGAAUUUUUUUUUUCUAUAAAAUUGGAAAAACGAAAAUUUGGGUAUGAACGAUUUUUCGAAGUCUCAGCUUAUGAAAUAUGGUUGGAGAGAAGGUAAAGGUUUAGGUAAACAUGAAAAUGGUAUUACGGAAGCUUUAAAACCAAAAUUAAAAUUCGAUACUGCAGGACUAGGAUACAAAGAUAAAAAAUUAAAUAAUUGGUGGGAACAUACUUUUAAUAAAGCAGCUAAUAGUAUCAAAGUUGUACCAAAAGCUGAUGGAGUUUCUAUAUUUAUUUCAAAAGAAAAUGCAACUAAUGAUCUUAAAGAAGAUUUAACUAAAAAAGAAUCUGAAUAUGGAAAUUUUCAUAAAUCUUUUACGUUAUUUAAUGAUAAUGUAUUAAUAAAAGAUAAUUCCAAUGCAUAUGAAGAACAAGAUACUGAAAAAAAUAUAAAUCAUGUUCCUUUAACGGAUGAAGAGUUAUUUAAAAUAUGUGAUGGUAGAACUAUUCAUUAUGGAGCUAGACAUGGAUUAACAUUGAAUGGGAAAUUAAAAAGAAUUGCCCAGCAAGACAAAUAUUUAAGCACAGAUUCAUAUAUAAACACAUCAAAAUUACAAAACAGUAUCAUGUUACAUGAUGAUGAAUAUGAAGAGAUUAAUAAUGAAAACAUGUUAUCGAUGACUUCUCCUAAAAAUGAAAUAGCCUCCAAAGUAGACAAAACCAUUACAAAAAGAGAUAGAAAGCGUAUGAAUGAUUUAAGUCAUCAAUUAAAUGUUUUAUGUAAUAUAAGUGAUAGUAAUGAAAAAAAUAUACAUACCAUAAUGAAAAAAAAAUUAGGACAAGGGAAUAAACAAAAAUAUAAAGAGAAAAGAAGGAGGGAAAAGAAAAGUUCAAUAUACUAUGAUACUGAAAGUUUUGAAGAGGAUAAAAUAGAUAAUAUAUCAAAUUAUCCAACAGUUUCUCCAAGUAAAAGCAUAAGAAACAAGCUAAUUAAAGAAUAUCUUCAAAAUGUAGUUAAUGAUCAUAUGGAAAACAAACAUAUAGAUAUAAAAAAAAAGAAGAGGAGAAACAAGAGAUUUAGAAAGGAGAAAAAUGAGAUUAAUGAACAUGAGAAUAUCACUAAUAAAUGGGAAGGUGACGAUCCGCAUGGUUCUCAACCAAAGAAAUUUAAAAGAUCGCAUAAAACUGACUUAGAUAUUAAUUUGGUUAAGAACAAAGAUAUUAAAAUAGAAGAUAAAUUUCAAGCAGAAUUUUCUGGCAAUGAAGUACCAGUAAAGUCGAAUGAUGUCACUUGUCCUCCAGUCAAUGUAGCCGAGUCUCUUUCAGAAAAAUCAAAUAAACAUUUCAAAAAGAAGGUAGAUGAUUUAAAUGCUAAGAUAAAGAAAAAGAAGUUACAUAAGAAAAAAAAAACCGAAUUAUCUAAAAUAACAAAAAGUUUAGAGGCUAUACAUUUAGAAAAAUCUGUUAAACAAAGAAACAUUAAAAAUGAAUUAAAGGCAGUAACACGGAAUAUGAUGAUGAUGAACGUAACAGUAGAUAAAACUGAGGUUUUAAAACAGAAAAAAAUAAAAACAAAAAAAUUAAAUUCUUAAAAAUUACAUCAAAUUAUGAAAUUAUUUACAAUAAUUGUAUAUAAAUUUGUGCAAAUAAUAAUUAUCUUGUUAUAGAUGUAAUUUUUUUCUAAAUACAUAAUUUUUAAAAAUA